CUCCCUGGGAGGUUUCCUGAUGAGAAGCCGCCAUUGAGACAAUGUAACUUUCUUUAAGACUGGGAUGAUCAAUUUCUAUGUUUAUUUAAAGAAGCAGUAAACUACUUCUAUAGGAGAAUGUGGCCAUGUUCAGCCUCAUGGGGGGAGUGCGGAGGGGGUGCCCUUCCCCCCUCUACCCAGGAGAACACAGUCUUGAAGAAAGUUACAUUUGUCUCAAUUGCAUUGACUUCUCAGGAAACCUCCCAGAGAGCAGCUGCAGGGAGCUGAAAUUUACCAACUCCAGGCUUGACAGUGGGAGGCCUGCCCCUCACCCCUCCUAACUGCCUAAGCCAUCGCAGUUGGACCCCAUAGUGUGGCAUGUGUUCCUGUGUUCAUUUGCAUACUCUUAUGACCUGUCGCUGAGGUCACGUGAUGAUGUAUAGCCUGUCUUCAUCCCAACUGAUAAUGUGUUUCAACUCUCAGCUAGACUACUAGUCAAGAUGGGAGGUCUCUGUUCCUGCCUUGGAGGACGUUGCCUUGAAGAGGAAGAAGAGAUUCCUUCAGAAAUAGAGCACGCACCGUCAAAGGAAGUAUCCUGCCACCGACCACUUUAUCAUCUUAGCACCGACCCUUUGCCACCUGGAGAACAUCCAAUAAACUGGGAGAAAUCCUCUGCAAGAUCUUUCGCACAACGCAUUAAGGACUGUGAGCCUAUGAUAUCAGCUGUGCAGAAGCAUGCUGACUGGAUUGCGACACUAAAGGGUCACCUCGCCGACAGAACAUCAAGUGGCGAAACAUCAUCUGUUAAGGAGGCCACAGGAGUCCAGAAAAGGGAUUUCAAAAAGGAAGUGGCAGGAAUGUUUGGCGUGAUGAGCCCAGAAGCUGCCGCAGCUCUUUAUUGGAAAAACGCAUCUUUAAAAAGUGGUACGUACUCUGGUGUCAUCCCUUUGCUAAAAAAUUAUCAUAGUGUUGAGAAACUGACACUUUUCUCCCUGCUGUGGCUGGAGAGCAACCCUAGUGUGACAUUCCUGCUGGAAAUGAGGUUUGGACAAUUUGGUGUAAUAAAAAUGAAAAGUUUAGUCAACACCUGUGGCCAUCCACUCUAG